AUGUCUAGCGCUGAAAUCGAUGUGUCGAGCGUCUGCGGGGUGGCGCGAACCCCCGUUCGUUUGAAUUGGCUGCGAUAUUUGGGCGUCAGCCGGCAAUUUUUGUGGAAAGCAAUGGAUUCGGCGGAACAAAACUCUCCACGAAUGAAUGAUUCACAACUGGACGAGUCCAGUGGAGACGGCGCUGGACAAACGGCUUUUCCUCUAUCCCGUGUGAAGACUAUCAUUGCUACCGUUCCUGACGCUCUGCCUCCCUCGUCUGAAGCUUUAUUUUGUGUGGCCAAAGGAGCUGAGCUAUUUAUAGAGCAUCUAGUGAAAAGUGUCGCCAAACAAUAUGGUUCGAAUGUGGAUUACGAUGAAGUUGCCGAGUUUGUUCUAGAAAAUGAUGAAUUUGAGUAUUUACAUGAUUUUUUCCCGAGAAGGUUGACUUAUGAAGUGGCGCUUAAUAGAAUGAAAGCUCGAGAAGAAGAGUAG